AUGCUCUCGCGGACGCACUGGUGGAUCAUACACCCGUUCAGCGCGUUUCGAAGGUACUGGGACCUGUACCUGGUGUCUCUGCUGGUGUACAUCGCGCUGCUCGUGCCGUUCGUGAUCGGGUUCGAGGUGGCGUCGCACUCGGGGACGUGGAUCUACGGCGUCGAUCGAUUCGUGGACGUCUUUUUCGUCUUCGACAUCGUCUUAAACUUCGUGACCGGAUACGCGCACAAGGGCAACAGCAAGGUCGUGCUCGACCCCAAGAAGAUCGCGCGGCAGUACGCGCGCUCCUGGUUCGUCCCGGACCUCAUCGCGUCGUUUCCGUUCGACAUCAUCGCCGCGGGGACGUCGAACAGCGAAGCCUACCGAAGCACCAAAUUCGUUCGCAUCUUGAAACUCUUGCGGCUCGUGAAGCUCUUCCGCAUCAUGCGUCUAAACCGAAUAUUACACCGGCUCGAGCGCAAGAUGUCGAUCAAGUACGGCAUAUGGCAGGUCAUGAAGUUCGCGGUCGUCGUCAUGUGCCUCGCGCACUGGCUCGCGUGCGCGUGGUACCUCUCGUUCGUGCUUCAAGAUCACGGCGCCCACGGCGUGACGUGGGUGGAACUCUUGGCGCAAUCGCAGGCGCGCGCGCGUCCUCGGCGUCUUUCCUUUCAAACCUCCCUCUCCUUUCUUUUCACCCUUCAUUUGGCGGAGGGAGCCUCCCUCCUUCGUCGUUUCGCGCGUUCGACUGACGGACGUUCGUUCGUAUCGAUUCGAAAAAUAACGCAGGAUUCGGAGCGGUUAGAUGAACAAGGGCGCAGCACGAGGUACGCCACGUGCGUGUACUGGGCCAUCACGACGAUGACGACGAUCGGAUACGGCGACAUCGUGCCGUCGAAUCGAGACGAGCGCAUGAUGACCAUCUUCGCGCAGCUCGCGGGGUCGUGCGUGUUCCUGUACGGCCUCACGCAGGUCACGUCGCUCAUCGCGAACAUCAACGGCGCGGACGUGGAGUUCCAGAAGCUCAUGGACCAGGCGAACGAGUACUUUGAGUUUCGUAACAUUCCGAACCCGUUGCGCGCGAAAGUUCGAGAAUUCUUUCACUACAAGCGCGCGACGUCGCUCUUUCACGCGGAAGAUAAACUCCUCGGCCACUUGUCCGACAGCAUGCGCAUGGAAGUCCAGCUGUGGAGCAUGCGGAACGUCCUGAACACGAUCGACUUCUUUCGAGACGCGGACGAGCAAUUCGUGAAGUGCAUCAUAGGUAAGCUCAUCCGCAGAGUCUACUCGCCGAGGGAGACGGUCAUGAAGCAAGGCGAGAUCGGCGACGAGAUGUUCUUCAUCGUCCACGGCGAGGUCGAAGGUGCGGCGUCCGCAUUGUUGUACACUGACUGGUUCCCAUACGACCGCGUUCGAGUGGUGAACGCCAUUCCUCUAGCUAGCUAG